CUGUGCGCGCAACGUUGUACUACAAAUCUAUAGUGACCUUUAUACUUUAGAGCUGGUGUCAGAUGAAAAUUCGGAUUUAUGAAGGGGAUAGCGCAGCCACGAGCAGGUGUCUAAAACAGCACAUCCAAUACACAUCCGUGUCUGAUUUGAAACGUUUCUCUACGUCUCGACAGGGCUGCGCGCGACCCCCAGGUGUCACGUUUCAGAGGGAGACAACAAUAGAGGAGAAGUGACCAGCCGGGGCUUUAACGGGACUGAACCUCACCGGAGGCAGCAGAUGCUCGGCAGAGAGGACGGCGGCUCAACAGAAAGACAAUCAUGGCAGUGAAUGUUCCCGGACUGGUGGCCGUGGUGGUUUUUUACAUUGUCAUCCUGGUCAUGGGGAUCUGGGCCUCUCGAAAAACCAAGAAAGUGGAGAAGACAUGUGCUGGCACUAAGAGCGAAGUUACCAUUGUCGGUGGCCGCAACAUCAGUGUCCUGGUCGGGGUUUUCACCAUGACAGCAACAUGGGUUGGAGGAGGUUACAUUAUGGGAACUGCUGAGGCUGUUUAUUCUCCUUCUCAAGGUCUCAUCUGGGCUAUGGGGCCUCCUGCAUAUCUUAUCAAUUUUCUUCUGGGAGGAUUGUUUUUCGCAAAACCAAUGAGGUCAAAGCGCUACGUGACAAUGUUGGACCCCUUUCAGCAUCGCUAUGGCAACAUGUUCACUGCAACACUGCUGAUGCCUGCUUUAAUCAGUGAUAUUUUGUGGGUUGCCUGCAUCCUCGCUGCUCUAGGAGGAACAAUGAGCAUAAUUCUCGGGCUGUCGUCUGCCCUCUCCAUCAUUAUCUCGGCAGCUGUCUCCAUCAUCUACACAUUUUUAGGGGGUCUCUACUCUGUGGCUUAUACUGAUAUCAUCCAGCUGUCCUUCAUCUUCAUCAGCUUGUGGCUCUGUAUUCCUUUUUUGGUGCUCAGUCCUGCAGUUACUGACAUCUCACAGAACGUCCACCUCAACCAAACAAUUGGAAGCUCGUGGAUGGGAGAGUUGAAGCUGGCAGAUGCAGGAAAAUGGGCGGAUGAGAUGCUGCUAUUGGCUUUAGGGGGACUGGCCUAUCAAGCUCUGUACCAGAGGAUCCUCUCUGCAGCGUCCUCUGCUCAGGCUCAGGUCACCUGCUUUGCUGCUGCCGGGACAGUUUUUGUUAUGGGAAUCCCCUCUGUUGUCAUUGGAGCGGUGGCUGCCUCUGCAGACUGGAACCAGACAGCGUAUGGUCUCCCCCCUCCUUUUGAACGAGGGGAGGCAGGGAAGAUCCUGCCGCUGGCCCUGCACUACCUCACACCCACCUGGUUGUCAGUGUUAGGCAUUGGUUCUGUGGCGGCAGCAGUUAUGUCCUCCAUGGACUCUGUGCUGCUGUCCUCAGCAUCCAUGUUUACACAAAACAUAUACAAGACGACUUUCAGGAAGCAGGCCUCGGAGCGGGAGCUGCAGCGGGUGAUCCGUGCUAGCGUGCUGCUGGUGGGCCUGGCCGGAACAGGCCUGGCCUUUGGUGAUGACAGCGUGUUCAGCCUCUGGCUGAUAAGCGGGGACCUCCUGUACUGCGUGGUGCUCCCGCAGCUCAUCUGUGUGCUGCACUUCACCUGCGCUAAUACCUACGGCGCCAUCAGUGGCUACUUAGUGGGACUACUGCUGCGGGGGGUGAGCGGGGAGCCGCUGCUCGGGAUCCCUGCUCUCCUUCUGUACCCUGGCUGGAGGGAAGAGGACGGAGUCAUCACACAGUACUUUCCCUUCAGGACAGUGGCCAUGCUCUCCUCUGUGAUAUGUGUCAUUUCAGUGUCCUGGCUGGUGGAGUUAGGCUUCUGUCACCAGCUCAUCCCUCAGUCUUGGGAUUUACUGGCCGUGUUUGAAGAGAAAAAAGAGGCAGAGGGGGAGGAAGCACCUGCUCCUGAGGAGAAAAAGAACAGUAUCCUUAAUACAAAAUUAUAGGCUUAAUUUAAGUACAACCUCAGCCAAAGUUUACCCAAACCUCUUUUUAUGCAAAUUCCUACCAACCUUCUUCUCUGCACAGAAUAUUUACGCACACUCUUACAUGUACUGUAUAUUUCACAUGUUUAAUACUGAAUUAUUCGCUUUAUAUGCACCAAAUUUUGACCAGCAGUGUGUGGAGAGUGGUUCAGGGAGGCAGCUGGGUGUCUCUUUUUAACAGAACAGGAUUAAGGCCACAUAUAAAGACCUCAAAACUCUAAACGUCAGAAAUCAUUUUUUGCUGCAUUGUCCUCAACCUCUUAAAAUUAACCUCCUCCCCCAACUGUUAAUCGCUGGUAGCACAAAAACAUCAAUAGUUUUUAAUCUAGUCUCCUCCACUCUGACUUUUUCAACAAGUUACGCUCAACCCAGGUGGUGUUAUUUUUUAAUUGUGUGAUCAUUGUCGUAUUUUCUUAGAAGUUUUUCCUCUUUGCAUUUAUAAAGCACUGAGGGGACAAAGCAAUGCUUUUGGAGACGCAAUACUUGAGACGCUGAGUUUGCCUCAAAGACAAAAAAAAAGCCUGGCAGGGUGCGCCUGCUGGUAGAAGUGUUUACCAUUAUUUGUGUUUAAAGGGAUCAUCACUGGAGUACCUUCUAGAUAUAAAAU